AUGAAAUAUCAAGAAUAUCAGGAUAAAAUGGAUUUGAAAGUCGAAAAACUCGAGGACAUCAUUAGACGCCUGAGAAAUGGGGAAAAUGUCGACGAGGAUAUUUUGGCUUACAAGAAGUUUUACGAUCCUCUUUCCAGCGUUGGCAUUCCGGAUAAAGAUCAUGCUAUAAAGGAUAAUGAUAUAAAACCAGCAAAUACACAAAACAUAACCUCGACUGACGACCGAACAACGAAAAAACUCUCAAGCGUAUGGAUAUAA